AUGAAGAGGACCGUGUUGACACAGAGCAGAACCCUUAAUCAGACCCCCCCUGAAGCCCUGGGCUCGCUGCAUCGGCCAGUCCAGUCCCCCGAGGCCGAGAGCGCCUGGCUGAGACAGGCAGCUGGUCACUGUUUCUUCUCUGUACCUUUAGGGGCUGAGGAUGCCCUGGAGAGCAGCCUGAGAGUCCACGGGGGCCGCGCCACCAAGCACGCACCUGAGAAGCGGCCCGUGCCCAUUCGGAGGAAGAGGAGCAUUGAGGAAGCUGUCCCUGCCGUCUGCAAGACCAGGACGGUCAUUUACGAGAUACCUCGGAGCCAGGUGGACCCCACAUCUGCCAACUUCCUGAUCUGGCCACCGUGCGUGGAGGUGAGACGCUGCACUGGCUGCUGCAACACCAGCAGCGUCCGGUGCCAGCCGUCCCGCGUGCACCACCGCAGCGUCAAGGUGGCCAAGGUGGAGUACGUCAGGAAGAAGCCAAAGUUAAAAGAAGUCCAGGUGAGGCUGGAGGAGCACCUGGAGUGCACGUGCAUGCCCACCAGCCUGAACCCCGAUUACCGAGAAGAGGAGACAGAUGUGAGGUGAGGAUAAGCUAGCAGCCCUUUCCCGGGACACGGAUGUACAUGGCGCGUUACAUUCCUGAACCUACUCUGUACGGUGCUUAUUGCCAGCGUGCGGUCUUUGUUCCCCUUCGUGAAAAACUGUCUCCAUGCGCACCCUGGAGAACAAAGAGACAGUGUACGUUUGUUUAAUGUGACAUCAAAGCAAGUAUUGUAGCACUCGGUGAGACAGUAAGAAGCUUCCUUGUCAAAAAAAGAGAGCGCGCAAACAAAACCACAGAGCAUGACGGACAGAGCUGACUCAGAAAUACCUAAACAGUCGUGGGAGAGGAGGGGCGCCCUGUGGGACAGAAGCGGCGGGCGCCUGGCUGAUGGAUUCUGUCCAGGGUGGUCGCAGGUGCUUCUGCCAAGGACGCGGAUGGGGCCUGCCCUUCCUGGGAGACGGGCCGGGUGCCGCAGCUCGCGGGGCGCGCAGGAGCCGGAGCGUCUGGGAACCGCCGUGGGACUUUAGAAACCAUAUCUCCUCGCUGUAGUGUUUAAGUCUAUACAGAACCUUCCUGAGAGCCUUAAGUGGGUUUUUUUGUUUUUUUGUUUUUUACACCAUAAAGUGAUUAUUAAGCUUUCCUUUUUACUCUCUGCCUAGCUUUUUUUUUUUUUUUUUUAAAUUAUCUCUUGGAUGACAUUGACACCGAUAACACCAGGCUGCUGUAACAGGACAGUGAGAAGGUAUCUUUCCUAGCAGGAUGCAAACAAAUAAGAUGUAUUAAAUAAACAUGGUAUACCCGCCUAUGCAUCAUUUCCUAAAUGUUUCUGGCUGUACGUGUUUCUCCCUGGCCCUAGCUCAUGUUGCUUUUUAAUUUAAGCCAUUUCGAGAGAACUAUGCGUGAACCAAUCAAAGGCGGCCCCGUCUCCUUGUCCCCGGAGCUCCCGCCGAUGGCCACAGCGUGGCCGUGGGACGUGGCUCCUGCUGCCCACGCUUGGACACAACCCAAAUUCUUUAUUUUUGGUAAGAUGUUAUGCUUAAUGUGUACUCAAGAGAAAUGUGUGUGUGUUGUUUUUUUUGUUUUUGUUUUGUAAAGGUGACGUUUGUAUUUUUAUCUAAUAUUACCAGUUUUAUAUACCUGAGAGCCUGCUAUGUUUUUGUUUUUUUUUAACCAAAAUGGAAAAAAAAACCCCCCAACAAAGCCCAUGCACAUGAAACUCA